AUGAAAGGAAUCCAUAUAUUCUGUACAUCUCAAGCUGCAACAACCAUAUGUCCCAACAUGAGUGAAGCCUCAUCUUCUUCCUCCUCCUCCUCCACUGCUCAACUCGGGAGUGGUCGAGCCAUCGACAGAUACAAUCCCAUAAUUAGAGACUCGAGAAGAAAUGGAACUCCACUCCCACCUUUCAAUUCUCCCCCAAAACUCACUCCCAAACCUCAAAGGCACCAUUCCAAGGAUCGAAAGAACUCUUCAAAGGGAAAUGAUGGAGCCAAGAAACAGAAAAUCCUCGAUCUGGAGGACUUAAAAUUAAAGAAGGAGGAUAUGAGAGUUGAUAAUAGUACUAAUGUUGUAAGGGAGAGCUGGAGUUGCACCAAACCAGGAGAUUUUAUAAGCCCUGCUGGUUCGACUAGAUACUUGUUGAGUGAUAAAGCUUUCUUAGAUGUUUUAUCGGAUUUCGACCCGAUUCUUAAAUUGGUUCAUGAUGAACCUUCCAAGUCCAAAGCUGAUAAAACAGAUGAAUCAUGUGAUGGAAAACCACCCUCUUCGUCUGAAUCUCCAGAACAGGUGGUUGUUCUUAGAGUCUCCCUGCACUGCAGAGGAUGUGAGAGGAAAAUGCGAAAACACAUAGCUAGAAUGGAAGGGGUGAAAGACUUCAACAUAGACUUUGCAGCAAAGAAAGUGACAGUGAUUGGAGAUGUGACUCCUUUAGGGGUUCUUGCAAGCAUAUCAAAGGUGAAGAAUGCCCAAUUAUGGCCCCCAACACUAUCAUCUUCACUUUCACCACUGAAUUUCAGUACCCCGGAAUUCAAGAAUUACAUAGGAGUUGCUGGUGCAUGA